AUGGCAUACGAGGAACUAUUUAAAGAUUUGCAGUCCACUGCCACGGUAGGCCCAAUUAUAGCUCUGGACUUACAGCCGAGGUAUGCAAUGGUUGCCGCAAUCGUUACACUGCUGCUCGGGUCGUUCGCGCUCGUGGUGCUCUACUCCAACGAGGGCAACAAAUUAUCCCUGUCGAAGAUCUCGAAGUACACUCUGUUGAGUGGACUAGCGAGCGUGUUCUUUGCUCUUGCGACGAUAUUCACUUCGAACUCUUUUGGUGUCUACGUCUGA